AUGGAUUUAAUCCAGGCCAAAGAGGGGAAGAGUGUACAUUCCAUCAGCGUUUCUGUCUUCUCAGACCCUGAAGUCCUCAGCAACAUGAAGCCAGCAGGCACCAUUCUGCUCCUGAUCAGCCUGGCCUGUCUGCUCCUCUCUGCAGAUGCUGUGAGCCAAGGAGGUUUUCAGGCUUUUUGCAGAAACUAUGAGAAGACACUGGGUACUGAUGCAAAAUCAUGCCCCAAGAUCCACAAACCAGUGUGUGGCACCGAUGGAAAAACUUACCAAAACCGCUGUGAAUUCUGCCGAACAGCCAUGGAAAGAAGUUUUGGAAAACUUGGUUUCAAACAUGAAGGGAAAUGCUGA